AUGAAUUGCGUGGCAAAACCAAGGAAACAUGCAUUUUGGAAACGGAGAGUAUUCUUAAUGCAUCCAUGACAUGACAUGAUAGCACAGUAGCAGCAGCAGCAGCAAGGGAACAACAAGGAGAACCUCAACAUCAUGGUUUCUCCGUUCCCAUCCAUCAUCUUUUAGGGUUCUUUAAUCACCUCCUUCUCACUCUCUCAUCUACGCUCCAAUCGCCGAUUUAAAAUGGAUGGAUCAACUGGCCGUGGUAGUGGUGGAGGUGUGGACAUGUUUCUACCAAAUUAUAAGUUGGGAAAAACACUGGGCAUUGGGGCCUUUGGCAAGGUGAAAAUUGCGGAGCAUGUAUUGACUGGUCAUAAAGUUGCCAUAAAGAUUCUUAACCGCCGCAAGAUAAAGAACAUGGAAAUGGAAGAAAAAGUGAGAAGAGAAAUAAAAAUUUUAAGAUUGUUCAUGCAUCAUCACGUCAUACGACUUUAUGAGGUAGUAGAAACGCCAGCAGACAUAUAUGUUGUUACGGAGUAUGUGAAAUCUGGAGAGCUCUUUGAUUACAUAGUAGAAAAGGGUAGGUUGCAUGAAGAUGAAGCCCGCAAUUUUUUUCAGCAGAUAAUCUCUGGUGUGGAGUAUUGUCACAGGAAUAUGGUGGUUCAUAGAGACCUGAAGCCUGAGAAUUUACUUUUGGACUCAAAAAGUAAUGUCAAGAUUGCUGAUUUUGGCUUGAGCAACAUCAUGCGUGAUGGUCAUUUUCUUAAGACAAGUUGCGGAAGCCCUAAUUAUGCAGCUCCGGAGGUUAUCUCUGGGAAAUUGUAUGCUGGACCUGAAGUAGAUGUCUGGAGCUGUGGUGUAAUUUUAUACGCUCUUCUCUGUGGCACUCUUCCUUUUGAUGAUGAAAACAUUCCCAACCUCUUCAAGAAAAUUAAGGGUGGGAUAUACACUCUUCCUAGCCAUCUAUCACCCAGCGCUAGAGAUUUGAUACCAAGGAUGCUUGUGGUGGAUCCCAUGAAGAGGAUGACCAUACCAGAGAUACGCCAACACCCAUGGUUCCAAGUUCGUCUUCCGCGUUAUUUAGCAGUGCCACCACCGAAUACACUGCAACAAGCCAAAAAGAUUGAUGAGGAGAUUCUUCAGGAAGUGGUUAAUAUGGGAUUUGACAGGAGUCAAUUGGUUGACUCUCUUCGCAACAGGAUACAAAAUGAUGGUACUGUAACAUACUAUUUGUUAUUGGACAACCGGUUCCGUGUUUCUAGUGGCUAUCUUGGAGCUGAGUUUCAAGAGACAAUGGAUUCUGGUUUCAACCAUAUCCAUUCCAGCAAAGUUGCUUCUCCUGUUGUUGGGCACCGCAUUCCAGGGUAUAUAGAUUAUCAAGGAGGAGGAAUGAGGCAACAAUUCCCUGUUGAGAGAAAAUGGGCCCUUGGGCUUCAGUCUCGAGCCCAACCUCGUGAAAUAAUGACUGAGGUCCUUAAAGCUCUGCAAGAAUUAAAUGUGUGUUGGAAGAAGAUUGGACACUAUAACAUGAAGUGCAGAUGGGUUGCUCUCAUUCCUGGUCAUCAUGAAGCAAUGGUUAACAAGUGUGUGCGCAGUAAUGAUUACUUUGGAAAUGAUUCCAGCAUUAUUGAGAAUGAAACUCUGUCUGAUUCAAAUGUGGUCAAGUUUGAAGUGCAGCUUUACAAAACUCGUGAGGAAAAGUAUCUGCUUGAUCUUCAAAGGGUCCAGGGCCCACAGUUUCUUUUCUUGGAUCUAUGUGCUGCUUUCCUUGCGCAGCUUCGUGUUCUCUAAUGCAAAGAUUGCCGGCUCACAAGGGGGAGGCUUAAGGUGUCAUAGGUUGACGUGAAUAAGCUUACAUUGUACAUAGGUCCCCUUUCGGUACGGGUCUAUUAUAUCUGUUUGUACUUUUUAGUAUACCCCCAGUUUAUAUAUGGCGAUCAUCAUGAUUUUGAGACCAUCCUAUAUAUCGUAUUCGCUUCCUUAAUCAUGGUGUCUGCCCAGGUCUUCCUUUUUCACUGGUGAAUUGAAUUUUCCCAAUCCUGUGAAAAUCUCUGAGAAAUCUGUUAAAGAAUUAGCCCCUAACGGACACUGCCAUUUAUGACGGACACUGCCAUUUAUGGUAUUGAACAUUGUGUUGUAAUUGACUCCAUAUAGUUGUUACUUGGAAGCAGGAGGGGUUGUUUGCCUAGGCUGCAUCGAACAUGAGCUUUCAGAGCAGCCUUUAAUGCCCCGCUUCCAUUGCGUGAAAUUUGUUCCCCUUAUGUAUGCAUGCUAUUUAACAGUCAUAGUUUAUGUACCUUUUGAAUCCAUGUUAGGGAGUAUAUUUUUCUGUCAGUCUUAUGAUGAAUCAAGCUGUUUGAUU